AUGCAAUCUUUGCUCCAUCGAUUACUUACAAAAACAAACGAUUUAAGCCAGGCACAACAAGAAUUGAAAUGGUUAACAAUUUAUGUAUUACAACAAACCAAAAAUCCUAUACUGAACAAAGUAAAAGAUUCAAUGAUUUCUACAAAUGAAAUUAUUAAAAAUUUAAAUAGUAAUGAAAAAAUACUUUUAAGCAAAUACGUUGGAACUCAGCCAUUUUGUGACUUGGAAAUUAUCACAAAACCACCAGUAUUAAUUCCCAGAUGGGAAACAGAAGAAUGGACUAGUCGAUUAAUAGCAUUCUUGAAACCUCUUCUUUCAAACACUGCCAUUUUAACGUCGCAGAAAUCUUCCUUUAAAAUUAUUGAUAUCUGCACGGGAUCAGGUUGUAUAGCAUUGUCACUUUCAAGUGCUCUUCCACAAAAUACAUGCUAUAUUCACGGAGUAGAUAUUUCUAAUGAUGCACUUUCACUUGCUAAUUUAAAUCUUUCAAUAAUGAGUUCUUGUAAAAAAUUACAUAAUCAUGUUGAAUUUUUCCAUUUUGAUAUCAUGAAGUCUACUGAUGAACAAAUUUGUGAAUUUAUGAGUAAGAGUAGCGGAUAUGAUUUAGUGGUUUCUAAUCCACCCUAUAUUUCACCUUAUGAAUAUUUAACAUUAGAUGAAGAUGUUAGAUUAUGGGAAGAUAAAUUGGCAUUGGUUGCUGAUGAGAAUGGUACAAUAUUUCAUAGUAGAAUUGCAUAUCUAACGGCUAAAUAUCUAUUAAAGAAAAAUAGUCAAUUUAAUAAAGUUUGGAAGAACAAAGUACCACAGUUGGUUAUGGAAAUUGGUGGAAGUCAUCAAAUGUCUAAGAUAGUUGAGGAAUUAAAAAAAUACAACUUUAAAUCUAUAGAUAUUUGGAAAGAUGGUGCUAACAAAGAUCGUUGUAUUGUUGCCAAUUUACAUAAUUAA